UGGCAACCCUUGCCGGCCGCCCCACUCAGUCUCUCAGCUAAGCAGCCAGUUCGACGCGACUCUUAUCACAGCUGGUGUAUUUAUUAUUAAUUUUUUAAUCUACUUUUAUUUUAGUGUCUGUUUGGGAAUCGUUGAGCAUGGAUAACAUCGCUUCUUCAUGUGGUUUGUGCCGGUUUUGAGCGUUUUUUUCUCCUUUGAGGCAGGACGUCCUGGACACACACUGAGCCGGAGAAUCACUCAGCGUCUCCGCCUGAGAGCUAGCAUAGGUGCUAACGCCGUGCCUGCCUUUCAACACUACAGUGAGGUGGUGUGUGUGGCCAGAUCCAGAAUGCAGCUGUGGUGAAGGUGCUACUUGUGCAUGAUGCUGGUGUUGUUCGUGCUGAUGAUGGCUGUGUUGGGUGAGAGUCAGGCCUGCCCAAGCUCGGGAAACUGCUCAGGCUCGGAAAACAGCACCUCCAAGGAAUGGUGCUAUACGGCGAGAAUCCGCAGCACCGUGCUGCAGGGACUUCCGUUCGGAGGAGUGCCCACUGUCCUCGCCCUCGACUUCAUGUGCUUCCUGGCGCUACUUUGUGUGUUCUCUUUCCUGAGGAAAGUAGCGUGGGAUUAUGGGCGUCUGGCGCUGGUCUCAGAUGCAGACAGGCAGGAUCAGCGGUACCGGCGUCUGGACGAACGAGAAUACGUGGCCUCCGCAUUGCAGACGCCAGUCGAUUCCCGUUACGAACGACUGACUUCGGUUUCCAGUUCCAUCGACUUUGACCAAAGAGACAGCGGUUUCUGUUCCUGGCUAACAGCCAUCUUCAGGAUCAAAGAUGAUGAGAUCAGGGACAAAUGUGGCGAGGAUGCAGUGCACUACCUUUCGUUCCAGCGCCACAUCAUAGGUCUGCUGGUGGUGGUGGGCGUGCUGUCAGUGGGCAUUAUCCUGCCUGUCAACUUCUCAGGAGACCUUCUGGAUCAUAAUGCAUACAGUUUUGGGAGAACAACAAUAGCCAACUUAAACUCUGGGAAUAACCUGCUAUGGCUGCACACUAUCUUUGCAUUCCUUUAUCUGUUACUGACCGUCUACAGCAUGAGGCGACACACCUCCAAGAUGCACUACAAGGAAGACGAUUUGGUGAAACGCACUUUAUUCAUUCAUGGCAUCAACAAAUUUGCAGAAGAGAGUCAGAUAAAGCUUCACUUUGAGCAAGCAUAUGAAAAUUGCGUUGUGCUGGAAGCACGCAUUUGUUAUGAUGUGGCCAGACUCAUGUAUCUGGACUCUGAAAGGAAGAAGACGGAACGCAGCAAGAAGUUCUACACUGACUUGUUUAACAGGGAACAUGUGCAUACAAUGAUCAACCCCAAACCAUGUGGCCACCUCUGCUGCUGCGUCAUAAAGGGCUGUGAGCAGAGGGAAGCAAUGAACUACUACACUGAGCUGGAGUCCAAGCUGAGAGAGGAUUAUAAGAAGGAGAAAGAGAAGGUCAGCACUAAGCCUCUGGAAAUGGCCUUCGUCACCUUCCAGAAUGAAGCCAUGACUGCACUCAUUCUCAAGGACUUUAAUGCGUGUAAGUUUCAUGGCUGUCACUGUCGACGUGAGCCCAAAUCCUCACCGUACAGCAGCAUCCUGCAGACACACAAAUGGUCAGUCACCUACGCUCCUGACCCACAGAACGUCUACUGGGAGCACUUGUCAAUAGGCGGCAUAUCCUGGUGGGUCCGCUGCUUAAUUAUCAACUGUUUACUCUUUCUCCUGCUCUUCUUUCUCACCACUCCUGCCAUCAUCAUAUCUACCAUGGACAAGUUCAACGUUACAAAACCUGUAGAGUACCUGAAUAAUCCCAUAAUCACCCAGUUCUUCCCCACUCUGCUCUUGUGGUCCUUCUCCGCCCUGCUGCCCACCAUCGUGUACUACUCCGCUUUCUUUGAGGCACACUGGACACGUUCUGGGGAGAACAGAACCACUAUGCACAAGUGCUACACCUUCCUCAUCUUUAUGGUCCUGCUACUGCCAUCUCUGGGCCUCAGCAGUUUGGAUUUGUUUUUUCGCUGGCUUUUUGACAAGAAGUUCCUGGCUCACGCUACAGUGAGAUUCGAAUGUGUAUUUCUUCCAGAUAAUGGGGCUUUCUUUGUUAACUACGUCAUUGCCUCGGCCUUCAUUGGUAAUGCCAUGGACCUAUUGCGCAUUCCGGGUCUGCUCAUGUACAUGAUUCGUCUGUGCUUGGCUCGCUCUGCAGCCGAGAGACGCAACGUAAAGAAGCAUCAAGCGUACGAGUUCCAGUUCGGGGCAGCGUACGCCUGGUUGAUGAACGUCUUCACUGUAGUCAUGACCUACAGCAUCAGCUGUCCGAUCAUCGUUCCUUUCGGUUUAAUGUACAUGUUAUUAAAGCACCUGGUGGACAGGUAUAAUAUGUACUACGCCUACCUGCCGUCCAAACUGGAUAAGAAGAUCCACUCUGGAGCUGUGAACCAGGUGGUGGCUGCACCCAUCCUGUGCCUCUUCUGGUUGCUCUUCUUCUCCACUGUACGCACAGGGUUCCUUGCUGCCACCUCAAUGUUCACGUUUGUGGUUCUGAUCAUCACCAUCAUAGUUUGCGUCUCUCAUGUUGUGUUCGGGCAUUUUAAGUACCUAAGCGCACACAAUUACACGAUUGACUCACAGGACACGGAUGGAGUAGAGAAUGGACAGCCGCCUGGCACCUCCCCGCCUACCAAAUCUGCGAAGUACAUCGCACAGGUUCUGCAGGAGCAGGGCCCAGAGGAGUCAGGCUCCGGGAGUGGUGAGGAGUAUGGCCAGGGUUCCUCGCAGGAUGAUGAGCUCAUCGUACCGGGCUCUGCUGUCAACGAGGGAGAUUUCCAGUCAGGAGAGGACAGUCUCAUUGACAACGAGGUGCACCAGUGAGGCACACUACAUUCAGUAAAUAGAGCUAAACAGACUAUAAUUAGAUCAAAAGCAAACACACUGUACUGAGAUCGGAUAAAGCUGUGCUCCAGGACCCUUGCGCCUGUCCGGACCAGGGGGUCACACUUGGAUACGUUCCUUCCUUUGGGCUUGGAGGGCAACUAGCAAACACUAACAAGGCUUGACCAUUUCCUUUCUUACUUGACGUGGAAAAUGCCACUUGUGCUAUUACACACUAACUUAAAUCUAAUCAAGUUCACUGAGGCACUCAUGCUGCUUCAUGAUAGCUUGUUCACAUCAUGUACGACUGGCUCUCGAUCACCUGCAUCACCUUUAGAGGGAGAAAACUGUAGUGGGUGCAAAUCUGUUCCUUGAGCAUUUUCGAUAAUGUUUUUUUGGUUUUGCUUUGGGAGAAAUCCUUUUGAUCAUGGUAUUUAUGCAUUAUGCACCUAUUUUGUGUUACGAGUUUUUAAUCAGUAGGUUCGUGGGUUCAGAAAUGUAAACUGUUCUCUAAAGGUGAGUAUUUACUUGGAUACACUCCAACUUGCUAUCUUUGGAAAUGCAGGGUUGUCCUUUUUUUUUUUUUUUUUUUUCUCCUCCAUUAAAAAAAAAAAAGCAUGUGUCAGUUUUGCAGUGAUGAGCCAAAUUGUUAAUGUUACGAAUGUUCUUUGUGGCUUCAGCUGUAACUGAACACUUUUUAUUUAAAAAAAAAAAACAUUAAGCAAGCACCAAGUAGUUUAAUUUCAUACAGUGUUUUAAAGC